UGCGGUCGCGGGCGGCCAGCGGCGUAGGCACGCGGCACGCUGGGCCCAGCCUCGGAGGGGCUGCAGGGUCGAGUCCUGUGGAGGGGGCCGGGCAGGGAGAAGUGUGGGCGGCCCUGGGAGCGGCCUCCUGGGAAGAGAGAUGCUUAGCGAAGCCGCCCUGACCUUGGGGCACCCCAGGGCUCCGUCUGAGCCGGGCCUUUACUUCUGCCCGCUUCCUUUCUGACACCUGGCUAGGAAGUGCCCGCAGCCUUUCCACAGUCCUGUUUCUCUUUCUCACGUGUGCGCAAAGCAGCUUGUUUUCUUAUUUUUAUUUGACCCAAAUGCGCUCUGCAGAGCAUGUUUCCUUAAUCAGUGUAAAACCACACUUGCCACCUUUUGCCCGUGUCUGGACCAGUUCUUUGCUCAGGAAGAACCUAGAAACCACCUCUAGAAGGAGGCCCCAGCACCCCAAACCCUGGUAACAUAGCCGGUAUCCCAGAGGAAAUUGUCAUGCAUGAAGACAGUUGUGGUGGCACAUACCUGUGAUCCCAGCCACCUCUGAGCCUGAGGCAGGAGGAUCCCAAGUUCAAGGCCAGCCUGGGCAGUUUAGCCAGAUCCUGUUGAAAGAAAGGAAGCGGGAGGGGAGGAGAAAGGAAAAAGGGCUGGGGAUGUAGCUCAGCAUUACCUGGAUUCCACCCCUGCCACAGGGAGGAGAGAGAGAGAGGAGACACUGUCAUGGUAUGAUGGACUGUCUUUUUCUUUUAUAGCGGCACAUAAACCCUGAAUUUGAUGAAAUAUGAUAUUUGUUGUGUUGAUUAUAGACAAACUGCAGCAUUUUGCAUUAAAGCAUCCCUCCCUUAGCCAGCCACUCUGAGGUGAAAAGAGAUCACAUCUGUCAAGGGUUUUAAGGGUGCCAGCCACACCCCACAUUCCACCCCUGGACAGCACCCUUGUGGCCAGGGCUGAGCUCUGAUGACCUGGGUGUGAGGGGCCAGGACCAGAGUGUCAGCACCAUUUGUUUGUUUUUCUGGGGAGAGGGUGGCCUUGUACUAGUUAUGGAUUAACCGUGUUCCGGGCCAUCAUGGCAGCAGAAAGGCAGACUUGCCGUCUCUCCAGGGCCCACCCCUCUUCCUCCUAGAAGGCUUCGGGCAGAGCACUGAGGGCUGGGGGCUGCCAGAAGCUCAGACGUCCUCCUCAGACAGGCGUCAGCGACAAAGUCAGCGACGGCAGAAUGUGGCGGCUGGCAGGCUUGCUGCUGUUCCUGGCCACCUGGGGCAUUUCCAGCAAACCGGUCCCUCCUGACGCAGUGUUCUCCAGCAGCCAGCGUGCCCACCAGGUGCUGCGGAUCCGCAAACGUGCCAACGCCUUCUUGGAGGAGGUCCGUCCUGGCAACCUGGAGCGCGAGUGCCACGAGGAGAUCUGUGACUUUGAGGAAGCCAAGGAAAUUUUCCGCACCGUGGAUGCCACACCAGGAGCAGCGAGGUGCCUGUCCACACACAGGCUGGCGCUGACGCCCGUCCUCUCCCCACAGCUGGCCUUCUGGUCCACGUACUUCGACGGUGACCAGUGCCAAAGCCUCCCGCCGGAGCACCUGUGCGCCAGCCCCUGCUGCGAGCGGGGCAUGUGCGUGGACGGCCUCGGCAGCUUCACGUGCGCCUGCAACCAGGGCUGGGAGGGCCGCUUCUGCCAGAACGAGGUGGGCUUCAGCAACUGCUCCUCGGACAACGGCGGCUGCGCGCACUACUGUCUGGCGGAGGGGGACUCGCGCCGCUGUAGCUGCGCGCCAGGCUAUGAGCUGGCUGACGACCACCUGCAGUGCGAGCCCGCGGUGAUGUUCCCAUGUGGGAGGAUACAGAAGCUAGUGGAGAAGAAACGAAGCAACUACAAACGUGACACAGACCAAGUAGAGCAAGAAGAUCAGGAUGAACAGUUAGAUCCAAGGAUCGUCAACGGCACUGAGACCAGACGUGGAGAGAGCCCCUGGCAGGUGAUGCUAAUGGACUCCAAGAGGAAGCUGGCCUGCGGCGGAGUGCUGAUCCACAGCUCCUGGGUGCUGACUGCGGCCCACUGCGUGGAUGAGUCCCGGAAGCUCAGCGUCAGGCUCGGUGAGUAUGACCUGAGGCGCAGAGACAAGGGGGAGGUGGAGCUGGACAUCCAGGAAAUCUUCAUCCACCCCAACUACACCCGGAGCACCACCAACAAUGACAUUGCGCUGCUCCACCUGGCCGAGCCCACCGUCCUCUCCAAGACCAUCGUGCCCAUCUGCCUCCCGGACAGUGGCCUUGCGGAGCGGGAGCUCACUCAGGCCGGCCAGGAGACAGUGGUGACAGGCUGGGGCUACCAGUCUGAGCGGAAGGGAGAUCCCAGGAGAAGCCUUACUUCCGUUCUCAACUCCAUCAGGAUUCCUGUGGCCCCUCACAAUGAGUGCAUCCAGGUCAUGAAGAACGUGAUCUCAGAGAACAUGCUGUGUGCAGGCAUCCUUGGGGACACGCGGGAUGCCUGCGAUGGUGACAGUGGGGGGCCCAUGGUUGCCUCCUUCCAAGGCACCUGGUUCCUGGUGGGUCUGGUAAGCUGGGGUGAGGGCUGUGGGCUCCCUAACAACUAUGGUGUCUACACCAAAGUUAGUCGCUACCUGGACUGGAUCCACAGCCACAUCAGGGACAAGGACGGCUCCCCUCAGAACCAAGUGCCAUAGCUGUCCUGCGCGUCUCUGGACCCCAGGCCCCUUGCAAGUGGGGCUGGGCUGCCGGGUGGCCAUUAAAGGGGCAUGCACUAAGCAUACUGGCCUAUA